GCUGCUGCGGCUGGACGGCCGUCGAGGAUCGGCGCUCCAUGCAGCCCGCGGACCGUCGGUGAGCGCUGCUGCACCGGCCGCCGCCAGUGCGCCUCCGCCGGCCUCGUUAUGGCCAAGAACACGUCGCUGCACUUCCGCGUGGUGGAGGGAAGGGACCUGCCGGCCAAGGACGUGUCUGGCACCAGCGACCCUUAUUGCAUCAUCAAGGUUGACAAUGAGGUCGUGGCAAGAACUGCCACAGUGUGGAAGAACCUCAACCCUUUCUGGGGGGAGGAAUAUACUCUGCACCUUCCAAUGGGGUUCCACAACCUCUCCUUCUAUGUUCUGGAUGAAGACACCAUUGGGCACGAUGAUGCCAUUGGCAAAAUCUCCCUCAGCAAAGACUUCAUCUCAUCUCACUCUCGGGGAAUUGACAGCUGGAUCAACCUGAGCCCUGUGGAUCCCAACGAGGAGGUGCAGGGGGAGAUCUCGGUGGAGCUGCAGGUGGUGGAGGAAUCCCACAAGAGGGUGCUGUGCUGCCAUGUCAUUGAAGCCAGAGACCUUGCUCCACGGGACACCUCUGGAACCUCAGACCCCUUUGCCCGUGUCCUGUGGAAUGGGCAGGUCCUCGAAACAGCUAUCAUCAAGAAAACUCGCUUCCCGCGCUGGGAUGAGCUGCUCGAGUUUGUCCUGGAGGAAGGGACCUCUGGGGAAACGCCGCUGAUCGUAGAAGUGUGGGAUUGGGACAUGGUGGGCAAGAAUGACUUCCUGGGACGGGUUGAGUUCUCAUUGGAUGCCUUGCAGAAGGCCCCUCCCAAAGGCUGGUACCGCCUGCUGCCUUUCACCGGCACAGAGGGAGAUGCAGGGGGGAAGCUGGGGGCGCUGAGACUGCAGGUGCGACUCGCCGAGGAUCGGAUCCUCCCCUCCCGGUACUACCAGCCACUCAUAGACCUGCUGGUGGAAUCCGUCAUGUGCCCAGCAGAGGAGAAGGAGGACGUCACACCCUUAGCCCUGCUGGAAGAGGUCUGCUCAGUGGAGAGUCGCCAGGACGUAGCCACCAAAUUAGUCAAGAUCUUCCUUGGCCAAGGCUUGGUGGUGCCUUUCUUGGACUAUGUGAACCUCCGCGAGGUUUCGAGAACUACGGAUCCAAACACCCUCUUCCGUUCCAACUCCUUGGCUUCCAAAUCCAUGGAGCAGUUCAUGAAGGUGGUGGGGAUGCCUUACCUCCACGAGGUGCUGAAGGCCAUCAUCAACCGAAUCUUCGAAGAGAAGAAGUACGUGGAGCUGGAUCCCUGCAAGAUUGAGCCAAGCCGGACCAGGCGAAUCUCUUUCAAAAGCUCCCUGUCCGAGGCCCAGAUCCGAGAAAGCAGCCUGGAGGUGCUGACAGGAUACCUGGGUGACAUUGUGGAGUCCAUCGUGAGCUCUACGGAGAAGUGUCCCUCCAUCAUGCGAGUGGCUUUCAAACAGCUGCACAAGCGAGUGGAUGACCACUUCCCGGAGGCAGAGAAUCAGGAUGCCAAAUACAUUGCCAUCAGUGGGUUCCUCUUCCUCCGCUUCUUUGCUCCGGCCAUCCUGACCCCCAAGUUGUUCAACCUCCGAGACCAGCAUGCAGACACCCAGACCAGCCGAACCCUCCUGCUCUUGGCCAAGGCAGUGCAGAGCAUUGGCAACCUGGGGCUUCAGCUGGGUCAUGGCAAGGAGCAGUGGAUGGAACCUUUGCACCCCUUCAUCCUGUCUAGCAUUGGGCAUGUCAAGGAGUUCCUGGACUGGCUCAUCGACGUGGACUGCGAGAACGGAGCAAGUGAGAAGAAGCCCUGGGCGCUCUUCCAUCCCUCGGCCACCAUCAAGGAGGGCUACCUCAACAAGCGCAAGGCUGAGGGCCUCCACUUGGUCUCGCGGUUCACCUUCAAAAAACGCUACUUCUGGCUGAGCAACGAGAGCCUUUCGUAUUCCAAAUCUCCCGAGUGGCAGGUUCGGACAUCCAUCCCUGUCCAGCAGAUCUGUGCCGUGGAGCGUGUGGAUGACAAUGCCUUCCAGCAGUCGCACAUGAUGCAAAUCACAACGCAGGACAAUGGAGGGCAGCUGUCCACCAUGUACAUCCAGUGCAAGAACAUCAACGAGCUCAACCAGUGGCUCUCAGCUAUCCGGAAAGUGAUGGUCUCCAAUGAGUGCCUGCUGCCCUUUUGCCACCCAGGUGCCUUCCGUGGCAGCCGGUGGACCUGCUGUUUACAGACCAACCGUGCUGUUCGGGGCUGCAGCCGCACGCACUCGGCGGUGACCCUCGGCGACUGGAGCGACCCACUGGACCCAGACACAGAGGCGCAGAUGGUGUACCGGCAGCUUCUCUUGGGCAGAGACAAGCUAAGGGAGAAAUACCUGGAGUUUUCAAGCACGGGGGCCACACAGGAGCAAAGCAGCGGGGCCCAGAAAGGUAGUGAUGCAAGCGGUCGGAGGACGGCAGCUACUGCCCAACUCUUAGAAGUCAUUCAGGAUCUGCAGGAGGCCCACGAUGCCUUUGAGCGCCACGAAGAGGAAGCAAAGGCAGCAACCGACCUAGUGCCCCACCACCCUUAGGUGGGGCGCAAGCACCCCAUGUUUGUUCCGUAUUGUAAUGGUGUGUUUACAUAAGUAAGGGGAGGGGGCGCUGGGAUCCAUUGCCUGCCUUGCAAGUUGGAUGGCUUUGGAUGCAGAGUUGGGGCUUGGGAGGCAAGUUGGGUUGGUUGUAGAGAGAGAGGGUGUGAGACAGACAGACAGACAGAGAGAGAAAGGAUGGAC